AUGCCUCCAAAAGGAAAACGUUCAAGGAAUGAUGUUGCAUCAUCAAGUUCCAGCAUGCCUAUAGAGCCACCACAAACCAUUGUUUCUUCAUCAAUUCCUACCGAACUACCACAUCCCCCAGUUCGUCCAUCUCAUGUAGGACGUGAGUCUAAGAAGAAAUGGACUUUACAAGCUAUAGAUGAAGAAGGAAAUGAAAAGAAAAUUCAAUUGACCACAUCGGGUAUGUUUGAGAUGAAUGGUCAACGCAUAAUAGUGCCAUUUGAUACGCAAAUGCAACCAUAUGGGGAAGUUGCAACACUCUUGUCAAAAGUAUGUGGACGUAUUGCCACUGAUUGCAACAAUGUUCCCAUUAACUAUGAAGGAUGGGAUAAAGCUCCAGAAACAAUUGCUAAGCGUUAUUGUCUACUUACCUUGGGAAGAAGGUUUAGGAACGGCAAGGCAAAAUUAUGGAAAUCAGUUGAGAAAUUAAACCUUCCUAGAGAUCAACUAAUUGCAAAAGUCCCUGCUGGUGUUCCUAAAGAUCAAUGGUCAUCAUUUGUAGACUAUCAUUUGAAACCAAGUUAUAAGGAAUUAUGUGAGAAGAAUGCUGAGAUUAGAAAAAAACAAACUAUUCCACACACGGGGGGUUCCAAACUUUUGUCCCGAAGACGGCAUGAGAUGGAGGAAGAGACCGGACACACUGUGAGUCGAGGCGAGCUAUACAUUGCAACUCAUAAGAAAAAAGAUGGGUCGUAUGCGAAUGAUGAGGCAAAAACUUUAGUGGAUCAGAUAUAUGAAGAAUUAAACCAAAGCACUAAUUCUACUGAAAUUUCAACAAAUGAUGCCGUUGCAAAAGUUUUUGGCCCAGAGCACUCUGGUCGUGUACGUGGUUUAGGCCUAGGUGGUCUUCCUAGCAUUGCAUUUGGACCCACAAGUGGACGAUUCAAUCCUAUAGGCUCUACUUUCUCAAGUGCGAAUUCAGCUGAAAGUUCUCAAUUAAAAGAAGAGGUUAUUUCAUUGAAAACUAAGUUAGCAGCAUCUGAGGAGAGCCUUAAGACAUUACAGACUGUAAUGCUUGCAUAUAUACGAAUGAAGGAAGGACAGAUUCCUCCAGAAUUGGAUGCUUUGUUUGGUACCACUUCUACUCCAAUGGAUGAAGGGAGUGAAGAAGCUAUCCCAACACGCGGAAGGUCUUCAUUAGAUAGUAAUCACCCUUGA